AAACAUUACGGCAAACAAAUCGCACCGGAGUAACUAAACUUGCUCGCCGACGUUCACGAAAAUCAGAGAAUUUCGAGACUGGUCACGUGUUCCUCCGGUCACUCACGUGACCCCCUAGGCACGGACCAAUCGGGUGGCGCUUCGUCCUGGCGAGAUCAAAAGGAAGAGGGUGGAGAUCUUUUUCCUUUUUGCGAUUUUUAAUCUUGCUACACCAACGGUGGUCGUUGACAUCAUCUUUCCCUACAGAAAGGUGACCCAUUGACCGACCUCACCCUCACACCCCCAUUGGCCCACAAACUCCUCUCUGACGUGACCAAUCCCCUUCCUCUCACAUCCAACAUGGAGCCCAUCAAGGUCCAAUCAGAAGGUGGACUGAAUGUGACCCUUACCAUUCGGCUGCUGAUGCACGGCAAGGAGGUUGGGAGCAUCAUAGGGAAAAAAGGGGAGACAGUGAAGAAAAUGCGUGAAGAUAGUGGAGCUCGUAUUAACAUCUCAGAAGGCAACUGCCCCGAACGGAUAGUCACCAUCACUGGGCCAACGGACGCCAUCUUCAAGGCCUUCGCAAUGAUAGCCUACAAGUUUGAGGAGGAUAUCAUCAACUCUAUGAGCAACAGUCCUGCCACCAGCAAACCCCCUGUUACCCUAAGGCUUGUGGUCCCAGCCAGCCAGUGUGGCUCGCUCAUUGGCAAAGGGGGCUCCAAAAUCAAAGAGAUGAGAGAGUCUACAGGCGCUCAGGUCCAGGUGGCGGGCGACAUGCUCCCCAACUCAACAGAGAGGGCGGUGACCAUUUCCGGGGCGCCGGAGGCCAUCAUACAAUGUGUCAAACAGAUAUGUGUGGUGAUGCUGGAGUCCCCACCGAAAGGUGCCACAAUCCCCUACCGCCCCAAGCCUGCCUCCACCCCUGUCAUUUUUUCAGGUGGCCAGGUAAGAGCAGACCCACUGGGGGCGUCCACAGCCAACCUCAGCCUCUUACUGCAGCACCAGCCACUGCCUGCUUACACCAUCCAAGGACAGUACGCCAUCCCACAUCCAGAUCAGUUGAGCAAGCUCCACCAGUUGGCUAUGCAGCAAACCCCCUUUACCCCCCUCGGACAGACCACCCCUGCCUUUCCCGCAAGUCUGGAUGCCAGUAACCAGGCCAGUACUCAUGAACUCACCAUUCCCAAUGAUCUAAUAGGCUGCAUAAUUGGACGCCAGGGAACCAAAAUCAACGAGAUCCGUCAGAUGUCUGGGGCACAGAUCAAAAUUGCUAACGCCAUGGAAGGGUCAUCGGAGCGCCAGAUCACCAUCACAGGGACCCCCGCCAACAUAAGCCUGGCCCAGUACCUCAUCAAUGCAAGGUUCCGAGAUGUGGCGGCCAUGUGGAACGACCCGUCCUCCAUGACCACAUCCUGAGCUCCCGAACUGGCUCUUCCAUCUGGCCCUUUCCAACAACUGACGACACCCUCCGGACUCUGGCUCUGGCUCUCCGAAAACCCUGAGCACCGGCCGCCCUGGUCCUCCACACACUAGCGAAGGCCGUGAGCUCACUUUUAUUUCAGAGAGCCAAUUAAAAAAAGAAAACUCUCUGUUGAGUACGUUUUUGUUUUAGAGAACUGUUGAAGCAUGUUGAAUGUUUAUUAGCAACAACUUGUGUUACUUUUUUCUUUCUGUUAAUCUAUUUUUCUCUGUCAGUGCUGCGUCAUAGAACAUUUAAGAAGUAAAAGAUUGAACAUUUUGUAGAAGUAGUUCUUUGCAUUUAUUACAGCUCAGUGAUGCUAUCGGCAGAGUGUGGUGGGAUGUAGCCAAAAUUUUAUAAUAUAUCCUAGGAAAAUGGAGCCUUUAGAAAACAAUAUUGGACUAUUCCACUUCUGUCCUCAUUUGCAUCUUUGUCAAAUUACAUCACGACCCUUUUUAGCCAAUGGUAUCACUCCUGGAGCCUCCCUUUUUGUGUUUAUAUCCUAUACUUACGUAUAUUAUUGCUUAUAUUGCAUGUGUUAAGUGUUGUAUUGUUGUGUAUUUCAGCAGAACCUGUUCAGUGGACCUUGAAAUGUUACUGUAUAUCUUUGUGCUCCUGCUCUUUUCCGCUCUUGUUUUACGCUUUUUUCUGGCCACUCACUUGUAGUCCUACACCCUGCCCAAACCUAUAGCCUCCUUCUAUUACUAGUGUAGACAUGCAUGAAAGGAAAUUAGACAAAACUCAGUGACUAUAACACUGAGUGGAAAUUGAAAUGAUUGUUUAUGAUCAUACUGUAUUUGUUUUGUACAAGGACUUUUAUGACUAUUUGUCAACUACGCGGCGCUCAUGCAAUAGAUGAUGCAACACUUUACUCUGGACUGCCUCUGAUGUGCGAGGGGUUAGUUGGCCUCAGGCUGUGUCCAAAACCUUUUGGCUUCUUUCCAUUGUUGUUUUGAUGGAAAAAUAAAGGAAGGUCUUAAGAGCAGCUCACAGGGGAAAAAAAAGUUGAAUCUUCCCACCAAAAGAGUUUGGACCAAGCUAAAAUUGUGUUUGGAGGCCAAAGAAUGUUCAGGGGUUUGUUAGGGGGCGGGGAGCAGGGGAAGGGGGGUUGGGUGUGGGGGAGGGGGGGAGGCGCUCACGGGGGCCGGGGCGGGCAUGACCACUCAGUCUCUUUUUCACGAUUGUUUAUUUGUGUCACGUCGCUUUCAUUGUUCAUUCAAUGCUUUAGGUUUGAAUGUCUUUUUACAGUCACAAAUAUGUCAGCAACUUAAUUGGAUUUGAUUUAUUUUUUUGUGCAAGUCAGAUGACAAACGCACUUUUUUAUUGGUUCAUCAGUAAACUCAAGCUAAUGAGAGGGAGGUAAGAAUGCUAUUUGGUCUACAAAGCUCAAACUCCACUAGAUGCUCAAUUCUGUGUUGAUGUACACAAACAGCUAUUGAAUGUUACUGUCCCAGUCACAUGAUCUACUGUAUGUCCAACACGAUGUGCAACUUUUAAUUUGCAGCAUGCUGAGCCUUUGACUAAAACAUGGCCCAUAGGCGGAUAGGAUACAUUGCCAGUGGUCAUUCUGCAAUAAUCUUACAGUUUGAUGUGAUAGUUGAGGUGAGCAAUGUAACAAUAGCUUUGAGUUUCUACUAUUUGGGCUGAAUAGAAUGUCAAAGGACGAGCUGUCAUUCUUUGCAAAGUUUCAGAAAUAUGCACAAGAGCAGAGCGCAUUCACUUUUCUUGUAAUGAUGGUUUUCUUUGCAUUUUGUUGAUCCUGAUGGCAAAGCAGGAAUAUUGAGUUGAAGUGGUGGCAGUGUAAUAACAUCAAUAUUCAUGUACAAUUAUUUGUUUAAAAAAAAGAACUGUAUUUAUUUACAUUUGUGUGUAUGACUGAAGCAAACUGCAACUAAUGCAAUAACAGGGUGCAAUGUGCAAUUAUUUAUUUAAUUUUUUUUUUUUUUUCCAUUUUGACUUGUAGAUCAGAGAGCUGUGUAGCUUCUUGCAAAAUGUUUUGUUCUUAAAUCUAUUUUCCAUGUGGCAGGAGCUUUAAAACAAGAUUUUUAUUUUCAGCUUCUGUUUGUGUGUGUAUUGAAGUUUGGGGAAAAAAGUGAAGUUCGUAACAAUUUUUGAUUUAUUUGCUCUGUGCAGAUCUAUAUUAGUUGUGAGUACUAUGUUUAAUUUCAAAUUGUUGGUAAGUAUAAAGACAAAUAAAGUUUCAGUUUUUCUUUC